UACUCCCUCCAAGCCUCCCCAUCUCUCUCUCUCUCUCUCUCUGUCUCUCUCUGUGUACACACACUUUUUUCUCUCUCAAGAUUCUCAUACAUUUCUCUCUCUAUAUAUUAUAUAAACAAAAUGGAUGGGGCCAAAUUUGCGAUUGAAGCAUCAGAGGUCGAAUCAAUGGUGAAGGAGUCAGGUCUCUCAGUCCUCCAACUCCUCACGUCGCUCGUCAAACCAGCUCAAAACCUCGCACGCCCACCAAUCUCCAAGUUCUCCGUUGGAGCUGUCGGUCUGGGCUCCGAUGGCCGGAUCUUUUUCGGCGUCAACCUCGAAUUCCCCGGCCUCCCCCUCCACCACAGCGUCCACGCCGAGCAGUUCCUCGCCACCAACCUCGCCGUCCACGGUGAGCCCCGCCUCCUCUACAUAGCGGUCUCCGCUGCCCCCUGCGGCCACUGCCGCCAAUUCCUCCAAGAACUCCGCAACGCGUCCGACAUCCAAAUCUUCAUCACAUCAUCAUCAUCCGAGAACGAAUCCCAAGAACCCCCAAAAUUCAAACCCUUAUUGUCAAUCCUCCCCAACCCAUUUGGCCCUUUUGAUCUCUUAGAUAAAGAGACCCCUCUGCUUCUCGAGCCACACGAUAAUGGGUUAUGGCUUCUGAGUGAAACUAUUGAUUCAAAUUCUGGUAAUUCUAGUAAUUUGUGCAAUGGGUUAUGCGAAUUGUUCGCGAAAAAUGAAAGCAUGUUGAAAAUUUCAGCACUUGAGGCUGCUAAUAACUCUCAUGCCUUGUACAGUGGUUGUCCAUCUGGGGUGGCAUUGAUGGAUGUUGAGGGGAUGAUUUACAGAGGGUCAUAUAUGGAGUCCGCCGCGUAUAAUCCGAGUUUGGGGCCGGUGCAGGCGGCGUUGGUGUCGUAUGUUGCAAGUGGCGGUGGUGGGUAUGAUAGGAUUGUGGCGGGAGUGUUGGUGGAGAAGAAAGAGGCGGUGGUGAGGCAAGAGGACACGGCGAGGCUGCUGCUGAAGGCGGUUUCGCCAAAAUGUGAGCUUCAAGUGUUUCAUUGCGGUUCAGGUUUGAACGGAUGCAAAAGGCCUUCUUGAUGUUCAUGUGAGUGAAGCAGAGCAAAAACUUGAAUUGUUCUCUAUAAUUGUUGUUUGUUAGGUGACAUUAUAAUGAAUAAAUGAUUUCAUGAUUGAAUGAAUGAAUGGUAUUCUCUAUUUGGAGAUAUUAUAAUU